AUGAUGAGGAGGCAAAUAUCCGCCACUAUUUCGGCUACCCUGGUUGCGUUCCCCUUGGGUGUUCUCUCAGAUCGAAUCGGCCGACUUCCUGUACUGGUUGCAAGUAUCUUCCGCAUGAUACUCUCAGAGUCAUACGCCAUGCUCGUGUGCUGGAAAUCAGACAUGAUCCCACUCGAAGCAAUUUGGUGUGUCGGUGUCGCACUUCUCUUUGGUGGAGGUCGAAGCGUUGCUGAGGCCAUGGUAUUUGCUAUCAUUGCGGACACGGUACCCGAAUCCAAGAGGCAAGCUUGA